UGUGGCGUCAGUUUUGCGCAUCAGCAACCGCAAUUGAGUGCGCGUUUUCCCUCCCGCACCCACCGAACGACGUCCACCUCUAUACGCAUAGCUCGACGUCAUGUCAUCCGGAUACGGUCUUCACGGCGGUCCGGGCCGGUGCUUUCCCUUCUGGCAAGAGGUACUAGCUUGCUACGUUGUGAACACAUCAGCAGAGGACGACUCGGGGAAGAAGAAGUGCGCGCCUGCUCUAGAGGACUACUACGAGUGCCUACAUCACAAGAAGGAGGCCGCGAGAGUAAUAGCAUUGCAAGCUGCAUACCGAAAGGCGGAAGCAUCGUCAGCACGAGAGAAUGCGCCAAGUGCUGGCCAAAUAAGGAACCUAGGCCUAUUGGGCAAGGAGGAGGAUACGAAACAGGUCCUUGGCGGAUGAUUGCGAUACUUCAAAAAACAGGCACAGCACGUGUACGUACAAGGUCUUCGGUGUAUAUGAAUUUAAGGAUCAACGAAACCUAAACUACACGUCCAUUAAAUCAGCGGGAUUAGUUACUCGGGAUGACCACAGCCUUGCUACGGAUAUUGAAUCCUUAUUUUCCGAGUCGGUGGAUAUCAGGGGCCGGUAUUGCUCAGGUAUUCCCAAUUUAUUCCCAAUUCAAAGGCGCAAACAUAGAGGCAUUAGUAUGCAUUAUGAGCAGACUAACUCUGUCUCACCAAAUCAUCCCUUGCGACUUAUAUAACUACACAAUGAAUAUUUAAUACCAGCCUGCUCCAGCUCAUAUUUACGGGUUUGGUAAGUUUAAUGAGAUGGUUUAGUGGAACCUAUCACGAUUUCGGAUAGAACCUGAUUAUACCUUCUUUUCUCUAAGAAAAGAAGCUAUACAAACAAACAGAUGGAAAUAUGUACACGUAUGCAAGCAACAAUGUCUACAUCCAGUCACUUACCCGUGACCACCACAUUAC